CUCGUCGGGUCCUACGGGCCGUGACAAGUCGCCCUCCCCGCUCCUAUCAUGUCCAGUCUCCACCUGCUGCAGCACGGAUAGUGAUGACUGUUUGCAGGCAGACUGAUGCACUGGGAGCAGCUGCUGAGAUCUGGUUGGAGUCAUGAGGGAGUUCAUGUUGGUUCUCCUGCUGGUCAUCGAGUCGUCCUGCAGGUCUUCCAGCAAGGCGUGCGAGCCAGGCUGCGAUUGCCGUGGAGACCUGAAGUUCACCAUCUGCUCGCGGGCUCACCUCACCCGGCUUCCCGUCCGAGCCCCCCCCUCCACUGAACUCCUCGACCUGUCAGACAACCUUAUCUCCGUCGUCCCCAAACACGUCUUCCACAGCAACCGUAAGCUGAGGGUGCUGCUGCUGCAGAACAACAACAUCAGCACGGUGGAAGACGCUGGCUUCUCUCAGAUGGAUUUCCUGCAGAAGCUGGACCUGAGCUGGAACCGGAUCUCCGCCCUCACUGAGGGAUUCUCAGUCGGUUUGGCCUUCCUCCGGGAGCUGCAGCUGUCCCACAACCAGCUGACCAGCCUGGACAGCCGCUGUUUCCUGCACCUGGACGGCCUGCAGAGGUUAAACCUGUCUAACAACAGCAUCCAGACUAUCCAGGUGAGGUCGUUUGCCUCCAUGAGCAGCCUGCGGCAGCUCCACCUGCAGGACAACCAGCUGAGAUCUUUAACGAGCGGGACCUUCUCUAUGCUGCGCUCCCUGGAGGUCCUCAACCUCGCCGGGAACCAGAUCCACCAGAUGGAGUCCGCCGUGUUCAACCCUCUCACCAGCGUGACCUUACUGAACUUAGCAGACAACCAGUUUUCCACAGUCUGCUUCAAAACGUUCCUGAGCAUCCACACCUACAGCACCCACAUCCUGCUGCAGGGCAAUCCGUGGAACUGCGACUGCGAGCUGCAGAGAGUUUUCCGGAAGCUGCGCAGCAUCCAGAAGCUCUUCUUGGACGACUACUACAACCUGACGUGUUGGGCGCCGCCAGUCCUUCACAACCAUCGGCUGAUGGAGGUGGACAGCGAGCUGUGCAUCGCGGAGACGGUCACCGUGCUCAUCAUCACCAUCACCGUGGUGAUAACCGUGCUGGCCGCCAUGCUUAUGGGCGAGAGGAAGAAGAAGAAGAGGAGAAAGGCGCUGCACUGGACACAGCAGAGGGAAUUCUCGGAAGAUUCGGAUUUCUGAAGCAUGGGGUUUAUUGUGAUGCCCUGUAAUCAACCUGGAGCCUUGCUGACUGUUAAGGCUGUUUUUUUUCUGUUUUUUGCAAGAAAAUAUACAUUUUUACA